AUUCUCACGAAAGAGAAGACACCAUCACACCAACAUCUGCUUUACUUAAACGACGACGACGACGAGAGAGCGAGAGAGACGAAGGCGACGUGAUUAUUUCAUCCGAAGAACUGGGGACCCAACACCAUUACCCGAAUCAUCACGACUCCUACUCUAUCCGGAUAUUCGCCCAACAUGUCGGACCAUAGGAUUCAUGUGCGCCAUGCGCAUCAUCAUCUGGAGCGCAAGGGCUGGGACGACGUCAAGUCAUUUUGGAACAAUGUAUUUCUCCCCGAACAGAAAACGGAGGCUUUCACCACUAGAGUCGCGCAAACAGUGACCGACGAGAACUUCUGGGCGACAGCUACUGCCCAGGAAACCAUUGCGACUAACGGGCCUCCUCUGACCGCCGAAGCUGCCCCUGCGACCACGACUGCGCACACCACUACACACCACAGCGCCGCCCCGCCAUCCACCACGUUGUUGAAAGCUUUCACCACCAAGGCGCCAGAAUCACCAGUGUCAUCAGCGCCUGCAGAAUUGCUCCCAUCAGAUGUCAUGACGGACGAGAUCAGGUCAACGGGAACCCUCGAGCUUGAGUCUACCUUGGCGGUUGCGUCGCCGACAUCCAUGAGUUUUGGAGCCGCCACAUCCGCAACUGCUGCUCCAACGGCCACCGCCGCAAGCAACACUCAACAAGGGACCAGCAGUGCUGCCACAGCCGGUAUUGCCAUUGGUGUGUUGGCUGGUUUGCUGGCUGUCUUACUGCUGGUGUGGCUCCUCUUCACCAAGCGAAAACGCCAGAUGGAAGCAGAGAAGCAACGCCUGGCAGAUGACGAAAAGAUCAACGGUCCCUUUUCCGACAAGAACGAGAUCAAAGCCCCGACCGCCGCCCCGCAAUUGAGCUUGCGACCCGCCAGUCAGUUCAUGCCCACCGAAGUUCCAGAAAGGAGAACCAGCCGCGCCAACAUGAUGAACCCCAGCUCGAACGUACCUGGGUCCCCCCUCAGCCGUCCUGCAGGAGCUAGCGCUUGGGAGCGUCCGACUGUCAGCUCGACACAGACCGCUGGCGAAAGACCCGGCACUAGUGCGAGCUUCAACCCAUUCGGUGAUAAUCAGCAAAUUCCCGAAGAGUCUUCGCCAGUCAGCCCGGCUGGCGACUCGCCUGUCUCCGCUGGUGCUGCUGCUGGCGGUCUAACUCGGAAAACUUCCAUCCGGAACGAUGGAUUCAAACCUCUUGAUCUGACCAAGCCCCAACCUCUGCCGUUGAACGCCCACCCGCCCAGCCCUGCUGGAACCGACUAUAGCAUCAACACUGUUAGCCCUGGCCUACCACCUGGGCCCUCGGCUAGCGCUGCCGCCAUUGCUGCCGCUGGUGGACCUGCACAGUCCACUGUCCAUCGUGUCCAGCUCGACUUUAGGCCAACCCUGGAAGAUGAAAUGGCUCUUCAGGCUGGACAGCUCGUUCGUCUUCUGCACGAGUACGACGAUGGCUGGGCACUUUGCAUUCGCCUUGACCGGUCUCAACAGGGCGUUGUUCCCCGGACUUGCUUGUCCGCGCGUCCCGUGAAGUCACGGCCCCCCCAGGGCGGUCCUGGUUCCCGCGGGCCUCCAGUCAGGCCUAACUAUGGGCCUGGAGGACCUGGCAAUGGACCUAUGAGCCCGAAUGGCGGGCCUGGAUACGGUCCUAACGGAGGGCCCCGUGGUCCUGGCGGACCUCCCCGUGGACCUCCUCAAGGUGGACCGCACGGCGGACGUCCUGGCCCUGGACCGAUCAAUACCAAGUUCAUGAAUCCUCGCGGCCCACCACCUCCCGGCUCGUGGUCUAGACCUCAGUCCCCCGCCGGGCCAAUGAUGCCCCAUGAUGGAACUAUGAGCCCCAAUGGCGGACAUCCUGCCUCACUGGGUGGCAACAACCCCAUGAGCCCGGUGCAGAACGGAAACCCCGGCUCGCCCGUUGACCGCCCCAUCACACACGGCACGCAAAGCCCGGUGACCGCAAGUCGACGGAUGACACCUCCCGGCCCCAGCCCAGUUGCCCAGGAGUACCGCCCAGAUUCGCGAACCGCCUCCCCUGCUCCCCCGCCAUCAGUGAGCAAUGAAACACCACUAGGGCAGGCAUAUUAAUAAUGUAUAAAUUACAAAAACAUGCCACAACGAACAUAUGUAUUCAAGAUAUACGCCUUCAUUCGGAGCAGACGGUCUCUCC